UUGGGAAGAUGUCUGGGUUGAAGGGACUGCCAUGUGCAGAUAUGGUAUCAUGUGUCUUACUGGAAGUUACAGCAUCUGCUGAAAUGACUCAACAUUACUCCGCCUACGUCUGCUUCUGAGGAAGUUUAGCAAGCCCAGUGUGAAAUAUACUUUCUGUUUUAAAGGUGGCACAUAGCCUACAUACCUUUCACAUGAGUGUUAUAUGAGAGAUUAUGAUUUCAGGAAGCAGAGAUGAAGUGAAAGACUGCAGGGUGUAGUAACAAGAAAAAGAAUGUAUAACCACACAAAGACCGAUCAAAAACCUAUUGUGGCUUAUAUCUGUCGUGGGAGGACCCCUAAUGUGUGCGCAUAUAGAACAUGUAUAUGCUGUAAGUGCAGUCAGCAACUGUGACGUUCUUACAUGCCUCGGUCAUGUGUGAACUUGAACGUGAGGGCAGGAAAUAAAGCGCGCUCCUCCGUCAGUGGCACAGUAAGUGAGUGUGCUCGCAACAGGGAAGUGAGUCAAAGUCAGUUUCUCUCCGUUUUAACUCACCUCUGCCCUGCGUUAACUUCACAGAGCUGUAAGACAGGUUGUCCUCGGUUUAAAAACGAUCUUUCUCCAUCUUGAGGGUCAAAGCUGGAGUAUAAGUGGGCGAUGAAGGCAGGAAAUGGUCAGUAAGAUCUUCGGACUGCUGGACUUGUUACGAGACAGAGAAGGAGUGGGAAGAGGCGACGGACAACACCGUUUUUCAAUGUUUUGAAAGCUGUUUUUGACACCGAGGUAGGUCAUCAUUCAGCUUAUUUACAUUCCUGUGGUACAUGUUACUUUAAAGGGGAUGAGGCCUUGUCAGUUUAGGAGACAGUGCUUUGAAAAUACUGUGGCUGUUUUGUUUGGGUGUCAAAAAGAAAGGAAACCCCAAAAACACAUUUUCCUCGACAGUUUAUCCGUCUCUAAAAGUGUUUGUCUAAGUUAAACCACAUCUUCAGCUGUAAGGGGAUCCACCUGAGACUUCGAACUGUGUGUUAAUGCUUGAAAGGUGGAAGGAACUACAGUGUGUUAUGAUGAAACAGUGCCAACGAUCUUAGUUUGUUCUUCCUUGCUUGGUCUCUCUUUCUCUUUCCAGGCCUACUAAGCACGUUUGUUUAAUCUUGGACAACCGUCCAUGGAAAUGCUGUUUACACAACAUGAGCCCUGAUUGGUUUUUAUGCUGUUUAUACGACGUCAUUGCUGUAGCCUUUUGUGGUCAUAUUAUCCCAGACUUGACACUCAAAAGCAGCUGUGGUUUGCAUCUAAAAUAAAUAGUGUGGUGUGCAGCUGCAUUCAGCUCUGUGUGGACCUCUAACUGACCCUUGAUACCUGUUGUUGUUGUUUUAUUUCCUGCAUUCAAAGAUGUUGUGUUUUGUGCAAACAUCACGAACCCAAACUCAAAUUUUUUUUAAUGUAAACAUCAUGAGGGGGCAUCAGUUGCUCAAGAGGUGGAGUGGAUGUCCAGUAACUGGAAGGUUGGCGGUUCGAUUCCCCUUAUCCUGAGUCUGUUUGUUGUGUCCUUGGGUAAGACAUUUAACCUACCUUCCUCCCAGUGUUCGUCCUCUCCUGGUGUAUGAAUGUGAGUGUUGUGUAGCGGCGGCCAGAGAGACCAUAGGUGCAAACUGGCAGCCACCUUUCCGUCAGUCUGCCCCAGGGCAGCUGUGACUAGUAAGGUAGUUUACCACCACCAGGCUGUGAUUGUGUGAGCGAAUGAAUGAUGUAUCCAAUGUAAAGUGCUUUGAGGGUCGCUGAUAAAGCGCUAUCAAAUCUGAUGCAUUAUUAUUAAGGUGUUGGACAUAUGCAGCUCUGCAGUGUUUAUUCUAACCUCCAAGAGGCAGGACUGGCAGUUAACACCAACAGGAGGAGGAGACUUCUCUUGACCCAGCUCACAGAUACUUUUUGCUGUUUCCACAGCACAAGAAUUUAACCGUACAAAAAAACCUGCAGUCUUCAAAAUGUCUGCAGGUCAUACCCCAAACUAAAAGACAUGAACACUGCAGAUUGCUUUCUGUAGAUACUAUUCAAUAAUAGCCUAAAUUGAGCACCAUGGCCCGCCUUAAACAAAAGGUAUGCACCUAAGAGAAAGGAAAGUAUGUCACCUGCUUUUCCUCUCAUCUCAGACCAGAUCUCUUGGACUUGUGUGUAUUAAGAGCUUAAAUAUAACAGAUGUUAAUUUAAUGAAGGAAAUGUUUCCAUGCUUACAAUCUUGGCCUUGACAUUUCUAAGAAAUAAUUUCGAGGAAUUGUUUUCCUCAUGGGUAUCUGGAGGGUUGGAAACCUCUGGGGCACAUUGCUGCUUUUCCGGAGCGGAGAGACAUAUUUGGAUAAGACACAGCCAAGAUUACAGGAGACAUUUCUUUUUUAGGUAAAGGAUUUGUUUUUGGUGAAUUCACAUCAUGUUUGUGAAAAUUUGGCCUCACUGUUGAAUUUUGGGUGAUGAUGGAGCACAGUGUGUGAGCAAUGAGGUUUCAUUGUAUUCAUAUUCAUGCUAUUAGGGGAUAUUUCCAAAUGGAUUUGGCUGUAUGACAGUAUAAUUAAUUUGUUGCCCUGUUUCUUUGGUUCUCCGUGGUGGCUUAAGUCUCAGAGGGUGUUUCUGAAUGAUGAUUAUUAGAAAUUGGCCUGACAGCGUGUGAUGUCUUUGUUCCCUCCAGUCAUUUUCACAGCUGUGUGUAAAGGUGUUUUCACAGUUUAAGCAAUAACCACCUUUACAUGCUUUUGCUUGAGUAACCACUUUCCUUACACUGCCUUUCCACAUGACUAAAAUGGAAAGUUUUCAACUCUAAUUUGUAUGUGGAGAAGACUACACUGUUACUUUAGUGAUGAAGCUGAGCUUAAGCUGACGUAAAUCCGACCAGUUCAACAGGCUAAACUUAUUGAUUCUUCCAACUACCAACUACUAUUUUACCAACUAUUCCAGCUACUAUUAUGUGACGUGCACGAGAUGAACACUUUUCAGCUUAAAUACUUGAGUGUAUCACAGAGGUUUGUUGCUCAGUAAACAAUUGAAUGCCAUGUGUUAUUUUAGGGGAACAAAGUCAGGGAGUUGUCUUUAUUUGGCCACAUGAGCUUGGGUAGCUUGCCAACUGAGAGAGAGGGAGGGAGAAAGAGAGAGAGGGAGAGCAAAAUUUCAGGAUUCCUGAUGCCUGAAAGACUCUCAGCAGGGAGGUUUUGUAUGUAACUUCAUAGGUGGACUUUGAAUACCCACUCCGGUCAAGUAUUAAGAUAACAGUUUGACCCCUUACAUCCUACAAACAGCUUGAUCUCUAUUUUCUAGAUCAAAAUACUGCCAUGCUACAAGAUGCCAUUACUUUUGCACAUCCUGGUCAUACAGCAUUUAGGCACUAGGAUAGAAUAGAAUAGAAUAGAAUAUUCCUUUAUUGAUCCCCCAUGGGGGAAAUUUUUUUGUCACAGCAGCAUCACAGACAAGACAAAAAGUGCAAAAAUGCAGUUAUAACAAUAAGGGUCCUAAUAUUAAGAACUUAAAUAAAUGUAAUAAUUAAGAAAAAAAUUAGAAAAGGGAGAAGAAAAAAUAAAGCUUUCUACAAUAUACACAAUUUAAAUGCCAUAAAAAAAGUGGUGGUGUAAAUCCAGUUGUAAAUCCACUACAGCUAAGCCCUGCUUUUCAGGUUGAAAAUCAUUGAUAAUUGCACAGUAAUUUUGGUGCCAACUGGCGAGAGAGUGAGUGACUGCAUUGAAUUGUUUAGGCCACUUAAGAAGUCCACGUUAAAGACCCCUCACUCUUUAUGAGUUACAGUGGGAUAGAGCUGAACAUGGACUGAUCGGGAAUGUGCCUCUAUGCCUGAGAGUCAGUAAAUGUGAAGAUUGGGAUUGAGCCUAUCUACAACAGGCAUGGUGGUUUGGGUGGGCCUGAUGUGCUUGAACUCACCCCUUUUUUAACGGACACAUCCUGAAAAGCUGUAGUAGACUAAGUGUGACCCAGUUUAGUGGUGUUUUGUUAUGAAGUGUGAGUGUCUUUGUGUUUGUGUGAAACAUGAGAAGUUGGAUGCCUACUUUGCCAACUAACACCAGACCAGCUUUUCUUGUGUUAUUUUGCAAUACACAUCUAAUAAAGAACACCACAAUGAAAAAAGAGAAGGAGUAUUGAUUCCACUUUCAUUUGCCAUUUAUAAAACCAGAGCUACUCUGGUUCAAGAGACGGCCUAAGAAUCAAUUUUAAUAGUGUGAAAAUAUAUCAGACAUGCUAGUGCACAAAGACUGACUUGAAAACAGGAAGUGUCGGGGACAGUGUAUGGUGGGGGAGCUUUCCAGAGCUGCGGAGAUGAAAAGACCCCUGAGCUUCACCUUGGACCUAGAGACAGCCAGAAGCAACCGGUCUUCAGAUCUGAGGGUCCUUGAUAAAAUAUGUGGUUUGAAAAGGUCUGGGAGAUAAGCUUGCCCAUUAAACAGUUCCAAAGUUCAUGAUAAAUCUUCAGUCUUCAAUGCUAGAACACACUGGGAGCCAUUCAAGAGUACAUUUCACCGAUUGCAAGACACUGAAGUCAAAAAGUCCAACUUUCCUCAACAGAGAGGUACAAAUGCUCAACAGCUGAAUAAACCUCCAUGUUUGGCUGCUAGAAAGCAGCAAAGAAGGACACUGAGCAGUCAAGGAGUAUCUGGGAUAAGACAAUAGAACCAGUAAUGCACAUAAAGCUAUCAAAACAGUGCCUGAAACUUGGUUAACAAGACAGAAAGUAGGAGCCAAUCCAGAAAGGAAAAAAACAAAAAGGAAUAAGUCAAUCUGUUCAACAGGUCUACAUUCCAAACUGACAUAUUUUUAUCCUGUCAUGUUUUUGUUUUCUGUGAAAGCUUUUCUGCAUGACUAACAAGCUCGAACGGACAGCGUUAUAUUGGUGAGCUCGUUGUGAAUUUAGUCUUUGUGGAAGUGUUUUUCUGGAUUUUUUAAAAAUUAUUUUUAUUCCAAUUUUUGUCAUUUACCCAGUGAGAUUGAUAGAUUUGUUUGAAAACAGGAUUAAAAAUUGAGUAAAUUGUUGAUUAUUUUUGUGAUGGGUGAUAUGGCCUCAAAAUGAUAUCAAGGUAGUUUGAAGGAAAUUCGCCAUGACAAUAUACAUGAUAAUUUGAAAAAAUACUUCACUGUAGUGAUGGCAGCUUGCAGUCAGCAGCAUAUAUAAUAUAUAUAGCCUUCAUUUUUUUUGUUCGCUUUUCACUGUGAAUUCCAAACAUUUCAAACGACAGUAAUGUGUAAUUCUGUUAAUUACAAUAGACUAGACUUAUAGCAUUUAAGUGACAAAGACCAAUACUUCAACUUCAUUCAAAAUACAGACAUGCUUAUAAACAAUGUUUUUCAAUAAUGUUCAUUUCAGUUUAUUAGUUUGAGGCUGCUUAGUGCGUCCAUUGCAGGUAUGUGCUCCAAGGCUGAUAGAGCUGCAAUUAGACCCUGACAGAGAGACAAGUUUUACCAUAGAAUUCCCUCCAUCACACCUUCCAAAGAACAACAAACCUUUGCUGCAGUAAUAUGGUCAUGUCUGUGCAUGACAGCAGAUGAAGAUAAUUUGAUUCCAGUGUAAGUUCAGUUCUUAGUCUGAGUGGUUUGAAGUUUAGUUGCUCAGCUCAACUCCUGUAGGAUAUUUUCUUAAUUUUUACAGUUUAGAAAGUCGUGCUAAGUUCCUGUGUCGUAAUUAAGUCGCUCCAACAAUAGAAGAAGUGUAGAUGUUUGCUCUUCAUCCCCAAGCUGGUUCCUCAGUCCUUUGGUUACAAGCCCCUGCCCUCAUCUCCAUAAAAGGUUAAAGUGUUUUAAUGGAGAUAUUAGACACUGCUGUUCUCAGCACAAGUCAGACUAAGUAGAGCCAUUCAAGCAUUUUGCCAAUGUCAAAGCUCCAGACAGACUCCAAGAGAAGCAAUAUAUCGAGUACAACUUACCAACUUACCAUCAGCUGAUAUCAAACUUCGAGAGGAGGGAACACAAGCUUCCCUGGUCACUGAACCAUCCCGCACUUUUACUGUAAAUAUUUACACCAGCUGUGACAUGAAGGAGAGGCGAUGCUCUUUAGUCCACAGUGAUGGUCCCCCGGAUCCUGCUCUGAAGUAUUUGAGCAGAGGUCUUACUACAUGUCAAUAUCAUGAUAUGAGCCUUUUGACACAUAGAAAAGUAUACAUGGAUGACAUGGAACAGCCCUAGAUUAAAAUCCCGUCUAUGAAAAUGUCUUUUCAACAUAUUUUAUUCAUCAUACAAAAAUAUAACUUGGGCAUUAUAGAGCCCCCUGAAGUCCCUGUAGUUUUUUGUAUCCUGCCUAAAAGUUAAUGGCAUGCAGUAUUUACAUGGUUUGCACAAAUUAUUAUCAUGUGUGCACAAUAUAAGAACGUAUUCAUGUAAGAUUAUCAUAUAGUGUGCACAAGGAUAUUUUCUUGUAGAAACAAGUUGUUCUCUUCUACAAACAACAGCAGAAGGGCUUGUGUUUCAGCAGCAGCCAGGACACCCGGGACUUUUGCUGCUCCAAAAGCUACAAAACUGCUGGCAGACAAUGUUCGCCCAGUGAACCAAAGUAAAGAUUACAUAAAAGGAAGACUAUGAGAUUCCUCAACGUCACAAAUUUGAUUCGUAUCAGUUGUAAUCUGAGCCCCUAGUUCAAGAAAGGUCUCUGUGUAAUGAGCCACUGUUAAUGGAUGACUCAAUAACCUAUGUUUUUCUAGCAGAGGUGUGGUAGAGAAGAAAAAACAUAAGGUAUGCUCCCAAAUUUUUAUAGAUGGAUUUGGUCUCAUAUAGUUGCCCUGGAUGUGAAUGUCCAGGUCUUUAGACGUAGUCAUAGAUAAUGCCAUUGAACUUUAUACCUUACUGAGCACAUUUGUUUUGCACAUUGCAAGCGAGCCGAACCAUAACAGAAAGCACACUCAGGAUUUAGUCUUCCCUGAAGGGUUGUUGUAUUUCAAAUGUCACUGUGCUCCAAAAGUUGCAGCUGGAUCUUAAGUUAUUCAAAGAUAUAUUGACAACACUUUUUAUGGGUUCUAUCAAAUUUGAAAUUGCCUUAAUGUUUUACUUGCUGGCUUCCUUAUAUGGGGUAGAGGUGUCGAGAUGAAUCAUUUUUUAUGAUGCAUCCUGCAGAUACUACAGAUCAGCGUAGUUAUAGAAGUAGGUGUGUGUGUGUGUGUGUGAGACAUAAAGGCAGCAGAGGAGCUGGAGACAACAGCUGUAAGUUUUUUCUUAUUAUAACACAAAACAGUGGUACCAACUUUUACUGGCACACAGCUCUCUGACAAUUACUUAUUAUUCCAAAGGAGGAAUAGGAACCUCAAUGGGCCUGAAACAAAAACUUCAUUUUUAUUUCUAACUUUCAAAAAUAAGCCAAAUUUGACUGAAUAAAGACUGUCAGAGAGAAAAGACAAAGGUAAUUGAGUAAGCUGGUUCAAGAAAAAGUAUCUUCACUGUUUUUUUUUUAUUUAAAAAAAAGGGGUGAGCCCAGGUCAAGAAUGAUACAAGCAAUUUAGAUGCAGGAAAUCAGCCCGCUAUCGCACUUUGAUCAAUCAGGCUUAGUGAACUUGGUUUCCUUUCACAGGAAUGUGGAACAUGCUUCUGAAUAAAGAAAGAGCCAUCUUUUGAAAUACCAUAAUGUCCUGAAGAGAUGGAAUAAGGGCACUUUCCUCACUCCAGGGCAGACCUAUGGUGUGGUGGGUUGGGCUGGUGCCUUUGAGGGAAAUGGUUCUGGGUUUUAAUGUAGUGCGGGAUCAGAGGGAGGUCGAGGCAGCGAGUUAAGCAGUGCAAGACAGGAACAGUUUGAGGCUGAAGCAGGAAAAGUGAAGGGAGGAGGCAGGAAAGGAACAGGAAUACUGAAAAAAGAAAGAGUGGUAAGAGAGUUACUUUUGUUCAGCUGCUUUGAAGGAAAACAAAUCAGAUUACAUACCAUCUGAUUAGAACCAUGACAUCAAUCUAAUGAUAUGUGGGCCUCUGCUGACAGAGUUGGUGAUAACUAAUACACUCUCCGUGCUAUUAGUAUUUCUUGUUUUGAUUAUCAGAUGACUGACACGCAGAGACUUUGGUAAAUAUGAUCACAUGAUCAAGAGUUGUUGUUUUUUCACACACCAACUUUAUUACAAAUGUUCAUAAUGCAACAUUAGAAAAUUUAUAUGUAAUUAAACAAUGUUUUCUUUUUUCUGCAUGCGGCUCAGUCGACAUAGUUUGUUGUAUGUUUGUAUGAAACAUUAUCAGGUCAUAUGACUGUCAAAACUAGAAAUGAUGCUUCGUGUCAAGUGGGUAAAAUUAUUACCCAUUGGGGUAAUAAUUUUUAUAAGUGCAUAUGUUCCCUAUUUCUCCUCAAGUAAGUUUAAUUUUUUACUUUAAUGUAUUUGUAUUCCUCAAAAACAAUAAGUAGUGUAGGCGUGUGUUGUACACAAGUUAAGAAAUGACUAUUAACCAUCUGUCAUGUUAAAACUGACAUUGAGUGUACUUCUCUGUACCUUCCUGUACAGUUGUUGCUGUGCCAAAUGUAUUGGGUGUUUAAUACUGUUGUUUGUUCUCACUGAUCCCAAAUUUUCAGGGUGUUACACAAACUUAUGAAUAUUUUUAACUUAUUCACUGGGAUGAGAGAUCCAUCCUUUUAUUUUUAUGGUGAAGCUGCCCUGUUUAUGGUUUGGGACAUCAUCUCCCUGCAAACAGUUUUUUUUCUGCACCCAAGAAUCAAACAUGACUGUUCAGCUGGCUGGAUACAGCUUUUUAUGGUCCACAAAAGGCCCUUUUAUUUAUAAAUUUGUUUUUGUGAGGAAUGACAUGUCACUGCUCAAGUCUCCAAAUGCUCUAACUGUUGUGGGAACUUUUCUCUGUCCAACCUCAUGGCUGGUGGACAAAAAAGUUGAUGCUUUGAUGGAAAAUGCUAGUUAUUACCAAUAAAAAAUGCUGUAGCCUGCAAGAUGGGAUCACUUCUACACCAGGGGCCUGUUCUACGAAGCAGGAUUACUGCUUAGCGAGAUAACUUCGAGGAUAAGUUCUGGGUUUCCUGUUCUACGACGCGGGUUCACUUCUGAGCGAGGCGAGUCUCCAUAGCAAUAUACGCUGAACGGCUAACCUGCUCCGGGGCAGGUUAAGUUCCAGAUUGAACUCACCGAGUAUGAAAACCCCGCCCACUGACCAAUGAGCUCUCUCGAAAAACGGCUUGUCCGUUCUUGGAGGAUCCUGUAGACCUCGGUGCUCGCAUUGUCCGAGGCGGAGCACUCCGGCUCGCGAGAGUUUUCUGGGAGAGUUUUCUCCGGAUGACCACCUUUAUGAAAGGCUCAUAUGGCCGACAUAUUACACAAAACAUGUAAACACGAUAGUAAUGAACAAACGAAUGAUUCAUCUUGGGAAUGAAUGGGCAUGGGCUGCGCGAUCACAGACAACAUCUCGGUACUAUUUAGUAGCAGCGCACGCACCUUAUAAUAACCCCGUAAAUACUGUUGUUCAGGACUGCUUACUUGUGCUUCCUACCCACUGUAACAGCCGUUGUUCUAGCCCACAUGCAACAUUUUUGUUCUCAUUCAUGAAACGCUUAAAUCAGGGACAUUUUCGGGGACAGCUUUAGCCGGGGACAGAUCAUCCAAUUCGGGGACUGUCACCUUAGUUAAAAGCGCAUGUUGAACAGUGCUAUUUCAGGGUGAUAAUGGCAUCAAAGAUUACUUUUCUGCCAGCAUUCCCUCCGUGCUUUUGCAGCGGCGACGGUGUUGCUUUUGAGGUUUAUGGUAGCUUUCAAUUCUUCAUACUUUCUCAUGAUCGUCUCCUGUUCCUCGUUUGUAAAGUCCGCGGUCCUUCACUCUCCGUCCUGCUCUGACGCUCCAGACUGGUCCAUGUUCGUGAUUGGUCAGAUGCGGCGGGCUCCGCCUUAUAUGUGUGCACGCGCUCAUAGCAGAGCUGGAUCCACUUUUGAGGUUGAUAACCAGCGUCGUAAAACCGUGUAGCGAGACCGCUGGCUACCACGCUAAGUUGAGCGAGGUAUCUCCAAGGCUACCUCGCUAAGUUGAACCUGCUUCGUAGAACAGGCCCCUGGUGUUUUUUUUAAACCACUAUACAAAUCAUUAAUGUAAAUUUCCUUAAAAUAUUGCAAUAUCAUUCUGAGGUUAUAUAAACCCAGCGUAAACUUCCACCUCAGCUUCAUUUCCUAAGACUGGAAGUGAGUAACCCCAAACUCACCUCCUUUAGAUUCAGACUGAAAACCACAACAGCUUACCCAACCCUCUCAUCAAUGCAGAGUAGUUUUUAACUUCAGUUUAUAUUAUUUCUUCAAAGUGAAUUUUAUUAUUCAUUUUAAAACUAUUUUAAAGUAUUAUUCUGACUAAUUUUAAUUUAAAAAAAGAAUUUAUAGAAUUUGAAGCACUGCAGUUAUGUGUGGCAGAGUUAUAAUGACCUGAGGAGCUAUGACUCAACACAAAGCUACCUGAAUCUGAAUCUUCUUUUUCUUUUUCUUUUUCUUUCUUUCUUUCUUUCUUUCUUUCUUUCUUUGAACAAGAUUUAACGCAAAGUCAUAAUAGAAGACAGCUUUCGAGACAAAAGUCAGAUGUCAGCCUUUAUCAUGUCUUUGAUCUGAUUUCUUUAAAACGUGUUUAAUAUUUAUUCUGAAGUGCCCACAUGUGGUUUAGUUUUCCAUAAUUGUAGCAAGUAUUUAUGGACUUAAUUAUGUGUUUCCUUUCCAUGUGUAUGACACGUUUUCGUCCCUGCUGGAAAGCUGAUGAAGCUGGAUACAAUUGUUCCUCUGUAACUAAAGAUGUAAUAAAUCUCCACAGCUGUGGUAUUUGCUGGCUGGUUGUUUGACCUACAUGCAGUGGUUGAAAUGCUCCUUGUUUGCUGCUUGUUAACAAUUCCUGCAAAGGACCAAACCGCCUUUGGGUUUAUCCUGUUUUCUUGGUUCAUUAUCUACCCUUUAUUGUUAACCUUAUAUAUUUUUGCCAUAUAGGACCAAGAAAAUAUUCAAACAUGUCAUUGAUCCUCACACUGACAGUGGAUGUUCCUACAUCAAGAACAUAAGCACUAUAGUUUGUACUCAGUAAGUCCUGUGUCUUGCUAGUUUAAAUGCUCUGUAACAUAUAAAAUUUAUAUUGGACUUUAAAGUUCCCUAUUUUCUCAUGUUUUACAAACGUCUGUGUUUUAAGUUUUGUGGCUAGUUAUGAAAGAUUGGUAUUAAUAUUGAAGCCUCUUUCAACAUCAGCAAAGAGUACUUAUUACAAAAUGAUUCAACAGUUGUUUCUUAUCUGUAACAGAAGCUCGGGGUAAAUGUCAGAUGAAAUGAUAAACUUUUCAGUGCAGGGACAGUUUUUUAUUAUAGGCAACAGCAUUAUAUUUGGCUGGGAGAGUGAUAUUUUAUUAAUAAUAAAAACAGAUGUAUGUACAAGACAACACCUACAAAGAGGAAGGAGGUAUUGGUUUGUCAACAGGAGUGCCAACAUUGACACCACUGAAAUCCCUUACAGAAUCUUGAACUUCCUGUCAAAAUGUCUCAAAGUGGCUCAAAGCUUGCCCUACUAAAAUUUGUGUUUUUACAGCAACAUUGAACAUGUCCACUGCCUGGUUCAAAAGAGAUAACACUGAGACAGCAGGGCCAACAUGUUGCCCGUUUUCAAUCAAAAAGUCAGUUGGAUUCAUAAGAUAUGUCCAGAAACCACUGAGUGACAUCAUGCAGACUAGGCCCAUGUUUAUAUAGUUUUUGGUUAAUACUUGAAAAAUUACAAGAACACAUGCCUCACUUUUCCAAUACCACAGUCUGUGAUUAAACAAAAGGGGGUUUGUCGGUGUAUGCUUAUAAUUCAGUUCAAGUUAAAAGUGAAUCAUAAUCAUAUCCUUUCUUUUUACUCAGACCUGCUUCAUCAUGACUCAAUGGAUGCACAUGUCCCAGAUGAUCCUGUGCCUGCCUGAUGAGACUGUCAACAACCUUUAUCCUCCCUCUGCCUUCCCCAUCGAAGUCAGGCAGUUUUUGGCUGACUGGAUCGAGACCCAAAGAUGGUACAAAACUAUCAUGUGCCCUCACACACUCUAAACGUCUACAUGGUUGAAAAUAUAGUGGAUCUUUAUGCUUGUGCGUGUGUUUAAACUGUGUUGUGUGUGUCACAGGGAGGACUUUUCAUUGGAAAACAUGGAGCAGAAGAGCCAGGCUCAGACGCUGUUGGAACAGAGCAUCACUUUGCUGCGAACAAUUGCCCAGCAGAACGCUAACGUGGUGUACAGGAUGAAGCUGAUGCAGAUCAGCAGGAACAUGGUAGGGGUACAUUUUUACUUAAAAGCUUCUGAAAUUAGAUCAAAUUUGCUCCAUAUGCCUGUGAAGAGACUGUGUGAUUGUGCAGGCUGUUUGAAGUAAGGGCAGACAGACGGGUACAGAUUUUAGGCCGCAUCAUUUCAUGCCAGAGGACUCCCUGUGAGUUCAGCAGAUUUGUAAGUUUGAGUCAAUUUGAAACCAAAACCAGGAGUGUGGUGUUUUCACAUGGGCUAUAAAGGUUUCCUUUCAUGCAUGGCAUUUGGUUGUAGAUUGUGUGAGAAGUUCUCAAAAAAACAACCAAAAAAACUUUCCUCCGAAACCACAAAUACAAAAACGCCUGUUAAGGAUUUCAUAGAAAACCCACACACUUCCUUGAAAUGUUUGUGCCAGGCUUCUUCAGCAUAAAUGAAACAAGACGCUGAUAAGCAGUGAUUUUGACACUAGUGGAAUGAUAUUACUGUAGUAACAAUUAGAUCGUAAAAUUAUCGCAUUGGUAUUAUGAAUUUUUUUGAUUUGUAAUUCUGUUUGUUUUACAGGCGAUGUUUCAGCAGCAGCCUCUACAGUUUGCAGUGAUGGUCAGAGACAUCCUCAGGAAGGAGAGGGUCUUACUUGCUGCGGUAAGACCUGAAUUUUCUAAAAGAACAGUACAUUUCUGUCUGACUUUAUAUUCUUGUGUCUUUUUGUCUGUAAAAAUAUUUUUACAAGAGUUUCAACUUAGGUGAUUUUUUGUAAGGAAAAUAAGCUGUAAAAAUAGAGCAAUUUAAACUCUUCGCCAAAGCACCAAUCCUCUAUAGGUGGAUUAAAUGCUGUCUGUUCUGUCUGUAGCCCACUCCCAUGCCCAUGCCCAACCCGCCACAGUACCCACAAUUCCCCAACAGAGAGUCCUCAUUCCCCAACAUGCAGGAUGUGGAUCACCUUGUUCUGAAAGUGCUGGAGGUCCAGGACAUUCGACAGAAGAUACAUCAGCAGCAAGAAGAUCUUAACUGGGAGAGGCAGAACUAUGAGGGAUUACAAGGUGAGACAUGGGAUGGAUGAUGUGGCCUCAAAAUUAUGCCACAAUAUUUAAAGGAAAUUAAUUAUAUCAGUAUAUAGAUGACAAUUUAAGAAAGAUACUUCUUAAUAAGAGACUAACGUCCUCUUUUCUCUGCUUUACUUAUUUGUUUUUGUUUAUGAGUUAUUUGAUAGAGGAGAGAGAGUCAGGUUUUAGUUUUAAUCUGAUUCUGUUUGGUUUGCAGUUUAGUUUCUCAGUUGUAUAUCUGUCAGUGGUUUUCAGACAUUACCAUUAUUUUUACUUUAGUUAAAGUUGUGUUAAAUAUGGCUUUUUCAAAAUAAAGGCACUGAAACAACAUGAUAAGCAUGGACUUUUACUGUGUUUGCCCAGGGCCGAUCCAACAGAAUGGACUCGAUCCAGCAAAUUCAGAAAUCCAGAAACUCCAGACCCGCAUCCAGCAGCUGGAGUACAAUGUGAAAGCGAUGGCUACUGUGAGUUUAUACAUAGAAACACUCCUUAACUCUUCCCCAGGGAGGACUGAGGAAUUUCUUUGUACGUCAUUUGUUUACUGUGGAUAUAUAACAACUAACUUUGCCAAGUUUACAGCUUUGUUAAACCAGGGUUUUUGUUGCGUUGAAACAAACUUUACAAAUGUUUAUUAGGACUUUAAGAUAAUGUGGAAUAAGUUAAUUCUCAGGCUAUUGGAUGUUUGUGUUUGUAGAAGCGUUUCCAGCUUCUGAAGGAGAGUGUGGACUGUCUGGAUCAGUGUCAGAGCCGACUGAUCAGCAGGCUGAAGGCAUGGAGGUGGGAACAGCACAAAGCCACAAUCGGACACCCUUUUGAUGACAACCUGAAUCCGCUGCAGACCUGGUGAGGUGGACCUCACUCUAUUUGAUACCUUUGGAUUGAUAGUUUCUGUAUCAUUGUGCCUCCUAAUCACCCACUACAUCACUACAUAAAAUUAUCUUUAUGUUUGUUUUCAAGCAAUGUGCUUUACCAUGAAGGUUUGGAUGCUCCUCAAAAUUUCCUGUGGAAAUAGAAAGAGCUGAUCUUUUCUCUCUAUCCUAUUAGUCUUAAUACCAUGUGAAACUGCCAUUAGCGAAUGUGAGAGCACAGCAGGAAGUAUUCAGUCUUUCCCAGCCUGGGGAAACAGACACAAAAUAACAUGUAAUCCUCCACUCUUCCUUUUUUCAAGAAAACCAGCACUACAGAUCAAAAUAUAAUCUAAUGAUCCCCAGAUGUGAGUAAAUGCCAAAAAAAAAAAAAACAUUUUUAAGUGACUCUUUUCAAGAAUGUCCUCGUCUGAUCCUCCAACCAUUAAAACAAGGGCAAAGGCUAAAACAAAAGGCUACUGACUUCUUCUCUGCUGCUGCUUCUCAGUGCUCAACAUUUAUAGUUAACUAUAUUUACAGAGUAUUUUCAAACUGACCGUCAGUCACACAAACUACAGAACUCUAAACAAAUAUCUAACACAUGCUAUAACAUCAGCAGGCCAACUUAAGUCACACAGAAAGGCAGGUGAGGGUUCAUGGGUUGACAGUCAUGCAGAAGCAAAGGUCAGUUCAGUUUCAUUGGCAGGAAACAGAGGCAUGAAAAAGCAACUUUGUGAAACUGACUGAGUACUAUGUGGUUGAUUAGGAGUUAUGAUGGAAGCAGGUGUGAAUGUGUGAGGGAGACGUCAGAUAAGUGGUACUGGGCAGUGAGGGGUCAACACUGGCCAGGAGGGCUGGAUGUGGGCGUGAGGUGACUAAGACAGGAGAAAGAGUCAGGGGGCAUCUGGUAGAUAGAGAAAGAAAAGGGCUAUGAUUGAGUUUGAGGAGCAAAAGUACCAACAGAAGUAGUUUAUUACCUCCUCUUCAAGAAAAUCUUACCUGUACCUUUUUGUGUAAAUGCCAUUGGGCUGACAGGAGUUCAAAUAUUGAUGCAACCAGUUUAUUUCUCUUUAAGAGUGAAGUCCUUGUCUUGGGUGAACACAUAUUUAAAGACAGUAGCCCACCCUCUCACUGUUAUGGUGUAUAAUCUGUCUUAGGUGUGAGCAGCUGCUUGGGGUGAACGGGAAGUUGCGACAGGAAUUGAUGCUGAUUGGAGAGCCGAUCCCGGAGCUCCAGGAAAGGCUUGGGACACUUGUGCAGACUCUCAUUCAAAGGUAACAAAGUGUCACUGUUUUAUUGUACAUAUAUUGAUAUGCCCACUUCAUUUUUGAUGUCAAAACUGCAGUAGAAGACAUUUAAUUUUAAUCAGACUUUUCCAGAGCCUCAUAAAUGACUUAUUUUCACCCAUUCCUCUUUUCUCUUGUAAUCAAUACUGCUUUCAGCUCUCUUGUAGUGGACAGACAGCCUCCUCAGGUCAUUAAAACUCAGUCAAAGUUCUCCACCACUGUGCGAUAUCUGCUCGGGGAGAAAGUGGCUCCCGGGAAGCCUGUGGUGCUGAGAGCACAGAUCAUUAAUGAACUGCAGGCCAGGAACCUUGGCAGCAUACCUGGGUGAGUCAUACAUACAGCAAAACAUGUAGGAGUGUGCACUGACAGGGAGGGAGUGAAGCAGUUCACAUUGAUAACAGAUUUUUUAACAGCUGUGGGCCUUUUAAACUUGAAAUAAAAAAAUUCCUGCCCUGAUAGACAUCAGUCUGAUAAUACAGAAAAGGUUUCUACUUGGUCUUUUCAAAGGUCCUGUAUAAGAAUCAAUCAUUUUUUAUUUAUAUUGCGCCAAAUCACAACAGUCGUUAUCCCAAGAUGCUUUCCAGAAGAGCAGGUCUAGACCACACUCAUUGUUUGAUAUAUUAUAGAGAGCCAACCUUAAAAUGGGACAGAUUUGACCCAUCCUGUCCAACAUUAGUGAAGCACUUUGCAGUAUUUAGCAAGAAAAAACUUAGGUUGAAACACAUAAAGAGAGGGAGAGAUAGAUAGAUGGGUCCUCUGUAUAUAGUAGGGUUUUGUUUUGCAAAUAUAAUAUAUAUAAAAGAGAUCCAAAAACAAUCCAGAUUUAUUAAAACAGGACUGCCCAUACAUUCAAACAUACUGCCUUAAGAGCUUCACUUAUUAACAAAGGAAAAUUUACAGCAAUUUACCCUGGAAUGAUAAUAAAUAAAAUCAAUAAAGUAAAAAAAAAAAUAUAUAUAAUAUACAUUUGAAUUUAAUGCAAGUUGAAUAAGAUACAAGAAUUAUUGAAUUUCCCUUUGGGGAUCAAUAAAGUUAUACUUAUUCUUAGAAUAAAAAUGACAGUUAAAACAAUGAUAAAAAAUAUAGACCAAGGCUUAGAAAUUCAGCCAGAUUGACAGAUAGGUCUUUCAUCCCCACACAGUGUUUGAAAUUUUUAUAUAGAAAGGUAGUGAGUAUCAAAGUGUGAAGGCAAUAAAGCAGGAGGAUCUCUGGCUGGUGCCUGUAUGUAAAACACGAGAAACAUCUGAAAGGACAAGGGCAAUCGUGAUCAAGCAAUGGUGACUACAAUAGCAGUAAUGCUGUGAUGUAUGGAGGAGCAAGGCCACUUAGUGCUUUAAAAUCAAGUCAAAGAAUUUAAAAAAUCACUUCUGAAAGAAAAAGGUAUUCAGUACAGGGUUGAAGUUAUGGAGAAAAUAAUCAGCUUCCUUCUUUUGGAUAAGACUCAGGCUGCAUUUUUUAAAUAUGCUGUGGUUUUCUCAGUUUUCUUUUAGGUAAUCAAGUGAAAAGAGUUACCUAGUGUUUAGAGGAGGAUUUUGCAUUUUGCAUUGAAACUCUUGUCCUUUCCUCCACCUUCAGUGAUAAUGUCGGGGAACUCAUUAACAACACAGCCGUCCUGGAGCACAACACAGCCAGCAAGAGCACAUGUGCCACGUUCAGGAACAUGGUAGGCAAAAGAGGAGACCCCUCGAUUUUCUCAACCUGGAUAAAAUGAAUGUGAGGUCUUUGCUUAAAACACAUUUCGUCUUUUAUUUGGCUUUAACAGUCCAUCAAAAAGAUCAAGAGAGCAGACAGAAAGGGAUCAGAGUCUGUGACAGAGGAGAAGUUUGCUCUCUUGUUUUCUACAGAGAUCACUAUCACAGGCUGCGACACUCCCUACAGGAUACAGGUCUGACCUUUUCCAUUGCUUCAUCUAAUUUUUAAAUGCUCUCUACAUCCUGCUCUAAACUCUUUAUGACCUACUUCUUCCUGCUGAUUUAAGAUUUGAACUUUAAAAACAUGUCAUUGCAGAUGAUCUCUUUACCAGUUGUUGUCAUCGUUCACGGUAGUCAAGACAACAACGCUCUGGCCACUAUCAUAUGGGACUGUGCUUUUUCUGAACCAGUAAGUGCCACUUUUUUCCUCUUCUCAAGUUCACUAAUUCAUUGUUGUCUUUUGCAGUUAUCUAUAUAAUCCAUAGCUUGGUAAUCUCUGAAAACAAGAUAGUUUAUCUCUGUUGCUGUAGACAUACAAACCCUUAAUUGUCCACAAGACCAUGGGGGAUAUGCUCUUUUGUUUUUCUCCUCACAGGAAACAACUUACUCAGCAUUAGAAGGAGUGAGUGUGAGAGGUGGUGGUUAUAAUGGUGUGGGGAUGUGAUGUUAAUAAAAUCCUGCCUGGGGAUAAUGUGGAUGCUGAGGAGGGGAUGGUGCUGUAUGCAUUAUAAUCAGCAGCAGCAGUGAGUGAUAGCAUUGUGUGUACGUGAGCAGUGUGUCCAAAGUGCACUUGAAAUCUAGAUGCUGAGUCUUUAUUUUUUUACAAUGAUUUGAACAGAUUGGUAUAAAUGGAUGUUUACCAAUUUAUAAUUAUUGCAGCACUUGUAGUAACAUUUGGUGUUUAGGCUUUAAGCUCGGAAUCCAGGAGUGAAGAGAGGGUUAAUGGUCGUCAGAAAGUAAAGUAAAGACAGUAAGAUUGGGUCUGCUGAUGAGUAAAGAGUAGCGUGGAGGAUUUACCAAAUAUGGUGAAGUUAGACUUGUAAAUAUUAGGAUGUUGAUAGCAUGAGAAAAUGUAGGGCUGUUAGCCAAAAAAGGUCCCCAGUGACCUUUCUGUUUUAGAUUUUCCACAUGUAACACCUCCCACAUCUUCAAUAGUUGGUAUUUAAAAUUUGUUUUUAAUCCUUUACAUACUUCAUCCUAAUACUGAGCUAUUUUCACACAAUGUCAGAAGACAUGGUUGUGAUCACCCUCAUGCUCUUCACAUUAAGUCUGUGAAGUGAGUGAAAACCUUCUUUUUAGUUUUGGUGUAACGAAAUAUUUGAUAAUGGUCCUCCAGCAGUAUUCGCUCCAGUAUUGAGAACUAGCAGUUCUCUGCGGUGUCCCACACAUUCUGUACCUCUCUUCCUUGGUUAUUCCCCUUUUUUAGUUCCUUUUUCCUUUAAUUGGAUGAUUAUCACUUUCUGUGAUAAAAAUGACAGUCGAGUUUACACCCCCAACGCCAAGGUACGAUAGUUUUUUUCACUCUUCCUGCGUUUUUUACAGAAUCUGCUGAAUUUAGAACAACCACAGUUACAAAAUUGGCACAUUUCAACGAUGAACUGUGUACCAUGGUUUUGAGUACCAUAAAAAUGAGAUAACCUGGAGUCUAUUGAAAGGAUGACAGAUGCUACACUUGCUACAGAAAAGUGGUUUUGCCCACUGUAGUGCUGAAUAAUGGCAUUUAAUUACCAAGCCCAUGUAUAAAAAACAACACCACUCGUUCUGGAAGUAUUUUAUGGAAAAAGAAAUACUAGUCUUAUGUUGUGGUCAGAACAAUAUUUAGCAAUUUAAACUCAUUAUACAAAGAUGCAAGUGCUCACAGCAUCAUUCACAGUAGUGAGUUUAAAGAAAGCAACAGAUUUACACUAAUGUUUCAUGAGCCAGGAUGAGUUUCCUGUUUGCUGAUCACACUAUCUCUUGAGUGCUGACUGGAAAACCGCUAAUGUGGUCUGAUAUAUAGAUAUACACUGAGUACGACGUUACUUUAGAUAUGUAUGAGGGUUUCUGUUCUGUAAGCCUCCCUGUCUUGGUCUUUAGGACAGGGUGCCGUUCAUAGUGCCGGAGAGGGUGCCCUGGAGGAUGAUGUGCAGCACCCUGAACAGCAAAUUCACCUCCGAGGUCCAGACGCAGCACAAUCUGGACGAGUACAAUCAGCUGUUCUUGGCACAGAAGAUUUUUGACAAGCCCGAAUUUGAUGACAACUUCAGCAACAUGUUGGUGUCCUGGGCUCAGUUUAACAAGGUCUGCGCAGGUGUUUGUCUUCACUUCUAGACACACUCAGAGCGAUUUCUCUUUAAUGCUCAAAGUGCUCUUUGCUCUCACAGGAGGUCCUGCCAGGUCGGCCAUUCACUUUCUGGCAGUGGUUCGAGGGAGUGAUGGAGCUGACAAAGAAACACCUGAAGACCUACUGGAGUGAAGGGUGAGGAGGUUAUGCUGCUUUUGCAUUCAUCUGUGCAAAUAUAUGUAACCUAUUGCAGUUUGAUAAUAUUCACUUGUGUUUGACAUGUUUUGCUUCAACAGGCUGAUAUUUGGUUUCAUUGGGAAGCAGCAUCUACACCUGAUUCUCAAAGACAGGCCCAAUGGGACGUUCCUGCUGCGCUUUAGUGACUCUGAGAUCGGAGGCAUUACUAUUGCGUAUGUUUCUGCAAGUGACAGUAAGUGCUGCUGCAGGCCCAGUUUAAUGCUGAUUGUGUUCGCUUGUCCUUGAAUUGGUUUUCUUACCUUUUAUUUGGACCUUAACAACAAAUCAAGAUCAUAUUUUUUACUGUUUAAUAUUGACAUUGUUGGACUAGGUGGCCACUGUGAGCUUGAGUGGUACAACUUAUCCCAACACUUUAAAUGUUCUUCAGAUCACAAGGAUGCAAAAAAAUAUUGCAAAGAAACAGGAAAGAGAAUAACCCCCCUUCUUUCUGUCUCUAUCACAUUAAUUUUUGAUGUUACCCAAGAUGGUGGACAGAAAAUCCAGAACAUCCAGCCCUUUACCAAGAGAGAUCUGGAGAUCCGGAGCCUUGGUGACCGUAUCCAGGAUAUAGCCCACAUAACACACCUGUAUCCUGAGUAUCCUAAACAUGAAGUCUUCAAAAAAUUCUACUCAGGUAAAGAUCGUCAUGUGUGUGGUUUCAUUCAUGUCGUAUUUAAGUGAGAUCAGACAUCUGACAGAUGAGGCGUUUUUUUUCUCUUUUACUUCAAACAGAGCCUCAAGCGUCAGCUGGAGAUGGUUACAUUCCCACGACACUGCGCACCAAUGUUGGACCGUAAGGAGAUUUAUUUGUCUCUGAAUGAGUCUAAAUGUCUUACUUUAAAGAAAAUGGAAAUCAGUGGGAAUGAAUGAUUUUCUUUGUUUGAGCAGGGAAGCUGGCUCGGCCUCACCUCCUGCACCUCUCGCUGAAAGCCCCAACAAUAACAUCUUCCCUGUGUAAGUGUCAUUUACAGUAUAACUCACUUUUUGUUUGUGUUUAAUCCUCUGCUAAAAGUAACUUCCCUUUUCUCUGAUUUCUGGAUAUUUGUGUUUGAUGUCAACUUCUUCUAAUGCAACAAAUUAGGUCAGAAAUCGAUGGGAUGGACAAUCAUGAUGGGAAAUUCUCAGUGGCUCUAGAGUUGGAAAAAUACUUCAGUAAAACCCCUUUUUUAAAAUAUCGUCACAUUUUUUCUCAUUCUUGAAAGAGGAAUUAUUUCCAAGCUGUAUGCCAGAUAGUGUUUUACUUUUAUUUUAGUCAUACUUACUGCUGUUUUUUUCCAGUGUCUCACUAAGCUAUAUAAGACUUGUACAUAUGACUUUAUUCAGAUUUGUCUCAGAGAUUUCUGCCUUUACUUGGAGAGGAUAAGACAGUGGAAACAGGAAGGGAGAGCCUGGGAGAGAGAGUGAAGAGUGAAAGUAGACCCAGACUGGCCGCUUGAGGCAGUACCUCUGAAUAUGAUGAGGCUUUUGAAGAGCACCAGACAAGCGGCGCCCCAAUGUGGCAACUUUCAGCGUUGUUGCUGUUAUCACUCAUAGUUAUGGACAUAUGGUCUGUUACUUUAUAGCAACCUAGAGAUGCUCUUACCAGCUCUGCUACCUUCGCCUGGAUUGCAUGACAGGAUCUUGCUCCACUUUCCCCAGUUUGUUAUUAUUGAGACACAGUAGCUCCUCAGGAUACUCUAACAUCUGUGCCCAGUAACGGUCAUUAUUUCCUGACUUUCAAGACCCACCAGAGAGAGAAACUAAUGUUUCUGCCUCAGUGUGAAAAGACAGAAGUGAAAUGUGCUUGGCUCCUUUCAGUGGACUGAUUUGAUAUGACAUGAUCCAGUUGUCCCAGGCAGCACUUGUGCUAUAGUGAAUUAAUUAUCAUUGUUGUCGGGUUUAGUUUUUUAACACCGAUUUGUGAUCAUGUAGAGCAGUUUUUUCAAACAACAAAGCUGUUAAGACUUCAAAGGUUAUGUUGUAAUAGUAGGUGGUGGUAGAUGUCAGAUUUCAGACAUGCAUAUUAUCAUGAGCUCCUCUCACAUUUAAAAUGAAAAAACACCGUCCAAGAGCCCUCAAAAUCAAGAAAACUACUCAUCAAGGCAAUUCAUAUUUCCCUUUAACAGCAGUACACCCAAAUCAUCUCAAUGAAUCUGAGCUUCCUGUGUUUGUUGUUGUUUACAGACUUCAGUUCCAGCAGCCAUUUAGCCCACGAGAGUCCAUUAGUCAAGACAUAAUGGAAACUGCAUCUGCUUCUUCUGUGGACUUUAGUCCAAACCCUUCUGUUUACCCUGAUCCCAUGUAAGUAUUACCCUUCUGUUUCCAUAUUUGUUUGUUUCUUAAGUACCACUAAAAUACCUCUAAAAAUACUACGAAAGUACUUUGAAACUUUGUGAAGUGAAAAAUACUUGCACACUGUUUAAAGGCAGUUGUGUCUUUUUGUUUGUUUUCUAGCAAUGCGGCUAACAACAUGGAGCUUGAAUUUGACUUUCUACAUCCUCCUCUGAGUAAUUCAAUCUUCUCUGACUAGUUAAGAAGAAAGUUGUUUUUGGAGUCCAAAAGUCAAGAGGGGACCAGAGCCAAACUGAUCUGCCAGACUUUCAGAGGGAAAAAAGUUUGUGCGGACUUUCUUUCUUGUCUUUUACACCCUUCCACUUCCUCCUGUUUUUUUUUUUUUUUUUUUUUUUUUUUAGUUUUUUGUAAAAACUUGUUGAGGGUGAAAUCUCUACAUGCUGAGCUGGUGCUUUGCAAGAAACAAUCAAGUCAAAUGCCAAGGAAAACUAUGAACAGAACAGAACAGAAAGGAGAAUCUAUCAGCCAUCUUUGUUGCGCCUCUUUUUCUCUCUCUCCUGGUUGAAUUUUUUUUUUUUUUUUUAAGUUUAAUUUUGUUCAAUAGUUUGUUCGUAUGGCACUGCAUACAUUUUCUCUGUAGUAUAGAAGCCUUCCAAGCAGUUAAAAAGCCUUUCUAGUUCUCAUUAUAGCAUGUUACACACCUGUUAGGGUAUGCAUGGUGAAUACUUCAUAAACUCUUCCUGUUGUAAAGUGAGAAUAAGAUAACCUGAUGCUCCAGAUAGACUGUUUCUCAUAUCAAUGACACACAUCGAACCGGGCCAAUCCUUCAGUUUUGCAGGUUAAAGGUGAGAAUUGUGAAAUGAACAAUAAGCCUUGUGUAAAUAUUUUUAAAGCUUUUGUGGUUUCAUUUGAGCUAAUCAAUUUGGAUAUUUUUAUAAUCCUGCUAGAUUGCUGAUUUUUUUUAAUGUAGUUGCCCUCAUUCUCUUUUUCACUGACACGCUCUGUAUCCACCAGUCUGUAUCCAGAAUAUUAUCCAUAGUCUAUCUUCAUACAUAAAGCCCUUUAUUACUCAAACUCUGAAAUAAGUUGCUGUUUUGUAUUUAAUUUUCAAUGAGGUCAUGAGGGCAAUCAAAAUAGAGUCUUUCUGUGCACUUGGCAGGAAAUCAGCAAAGAAAAGAUCCAUGUAUUCCUUCCAUAAUGGUGUCAAAUAAAAUAUCAUUUUUCAUUUAAAAAGAA